AUGGAAUAUCUAAAUAAUAUUCUAGGGAGUCAAUCCCAAACUCAACUGGUUGAAGAAGCAAUUCCAACAUUAUGUAAUCGUUUACAACAUGCAACAAUGGUAUCAGAUAGAAGAUCAGCUGUAUUAGGAUUGAAGAGUUUUAGUAGACAAUAUAGGGAAACCGUUGUUGAACAUGGAUUAAGACCUUUAAUAUCAACAUUGAAAAAGGAUAAUUCAAAUUUAGUCAUAUUCAAAUCAAUAUUAGAAACUUUCCUUAUACUAUUUAUACGAGGGGAGACUCACGAAGAUUUAACAAGAGGUUGGAUCUCUCAACAACUGAGACUACAAAAUGGCAAAUAUCCUUCACCUUUACUUAUGGAUGACAUUACAUUGGACCAAUUGUCAUUAUGGAUAGCAGAUGCAUUAUUACAAGAUUCAGAAAUUUUGAGUUUAUUAAUUGAAGGAUUAAAUGAAAAUGACUAUCAUUCAAGAUUAUACACUAUCCAAUUACUAGAAUCUUUAGUAUCAAGUCGAGGUAAUAGAGUGAAAGAAGCACUACUAAAUAUUCCAACAUCCAUAUCCACAUUAUGUAAUUUAUUAAAUGAUAGUCAUGAACCAGUCAGAAACGAGGCUAUUUUAUUAUUAAUGGCAGUUGCAAAUAAUAAUUUCAAUAUUCAAAAAUUAGUUGCAUUUGAAAACACAUUUGAAACCCUUUUCAAUAUAAUUGAUGAGGAAGGUGGAAUUCGAGGGUCAAUUUUAGUUCAAGAUUGUUUAACUUUAAUUACAAAUUUAUUACAAUAUAAUGCAUCAAAUCAAAAAUUCUUUUUAGAAACUCAAUGUGUACCAAGACUAGCUAGAUUAUUGGGGGAACCAAUAGAUGAUGAAGAACAACAUAAUGACAAUGGAGUCAAUGGAUCAACUAAUGGAUCAAUAGCAAUGGUAUGGACAGAACAAAGAUUACAAAAUAUGAUUACUGUACUAGAAAUUUGCAGAUUAUUAGUUUCAGAGGAUAAUGAGUUAGUUGUACAAAAUCAAAACAACUUAUAUCAAUCAGGAAUACAUUAUAUUCUCCUAAAAUUGAUAUUUUUACCAACCACUGAAAAUGAAAUACGAUUAGUUGCAUUAUUAGCAGCUGCGGAUGCUAUUAGUGGUAACCCACGUAUUCAACAUGAAAUAUCAAAAAUCGAUGUUCCAUAUGUAGAUCCAUCAUUACCAUAUCACAUACAAAUUUACGAUCGACCAAUCCUGGUUCCUAUGGCUUUACUUAACUGGUGUCUACUCAUAAAUUCCGUUCAUCAGUUUAAUAUAAGAGUUGGAGCAUCGUAUUGUUUGAAAGCAUACUUCAAAGAUAAUAAGGAAACCAAGGAAUCGUUCUUGAAUGACCAGAUAACAGAUUAUAAGGAUGAUCAGUCAUCAAUCGUAAAUGGUAAUACUCAUCCAACUCCUAUUGCUAAUGUUUUUAAGACUGUUAUGGAUUACGAUGUAGAGUUGAAAUUAAAUCCUUAUAAGGUUUGGUUUGCAGCUAUAACACUUCUCUAUACAUUUGAAGAUGAAUCAGAAAAUAAAGAACUAGCUAGAGCAGUUAAAACGGGUGACGAGGAAGCUGGUGAGGAAAUAAUGAGCGCUAUACAAGCAAUUUCAGGGUUACUUAUUACUACAUUAAAUGAAACAGAUCAAAGAAUUGCAGUUGGAUAUUUGAUGCUAUUAACGGUAUGGUUGUAUGCUGAUUUUAAAGCAGUUGAUGAUUUUUCAAGUGAUGAAUCAAAUGUAAAGUCAAUUUUAGCAUUUUUAUCAAAUAAUUCAUCUGACGAAAACUCAUUAGUUCAUGGUAUGGCUGCUAUAUUGUUAGGUGUUGCAUAUGAGUUUUCAACAAAGGAUUCACCCAUUCCAAGAAAAGAUCUUCAUUUAUUAAUGGUCAAAAGUCUUGGUUUAGAUAAUUAUUCAUUAAAAGUUAAACAGUUCAGUUCCAAUCCAGCAUUUAAAAAUUUUGAAGAUAUUCCAAAUUAUGAAAUAAUUCAAGAUGAAAGUGGAUUACCUGAUGUAUAUUUUGAUUCAGCUUAUGUUAAUAUGAUCAAAGAGAAUUUCUUUAGAAUUAAAAGAGCAUUAUUUCAUGAUCCAGAUAAUGAGCCAAAAGGGAAAAUAUCAUUUGAACAUUUUGAAGAAAUGGAUAUGAAAGUUUCAGAAUUGAGAAAAGAGUUGAAUGAAGAGAAAGUAAAGGCGCAGGAAAAUGAAACAACAAUGAAGAAGGAACUAAGUAAAUUGGAGAAAACUAAGACUGAAUUACAGGAUAAUUUAGAAACUUAUGAGAAAAACCUUAAUGCAUUAAAAACAAUUCACGAGUCAGUCAAUAAUAAAUAUAAAUUAACAUCACAAGAUUUAGCAUCAAUUAAAACCUCAAAAGAAAAAUUUGAAACUUCAUCAAUCAAACUUCGAAAAGAUUUAGAUAAUGCUCUAAAACAAAUUGAAUCAAAAGAGGCAAGUAACAAACAACUAGAAUCUCAAUUAUCAACUACCGAACAAGCUAAAAAGAAAUUAGAAGAUGGUGUGAAUGGGAUGACAAAAGAUUUAUUUCAUAUGAAGAAGCAAAAUACAGAAAGUGAUAGACAAAUAAAAGAAUUUAAAUCAAGAAAUGAAAAAAUAUCAAAAGAGUUCGAAAUUACUAAAAUGAGGAUUACAGAACUUGAAUCCUUAUUAAAACAAGUUAACAAAGCAAAAGAUGAAGUAUCAAGCAGAUCAAAAGAGGAGUUAGAUAAGAAAAAUUUGGAACUUACAAAAUCAAAUCAAGAAAUUGAUAAAUAUUUGAAACAAAUAGAAUCCUUCAAAGAACAACUCAAAUCAAAAAGUUUAUUAGAAUCAAAGAAUAAGGAGUUGGAUGGGACUAUCAUAACGCUAACUUCAGAUUUAAAAUCAAAUGAAAGCAAAUUGGAAGAGUCCACUAAUCAAAUAGACAGCCUUAAAAACGAGGUUGGAAAAUUAAAUUCCAAAUUAAAAUCAACAAGGGAAAAGUUGAUUUCGAGUGAAUCUCAAAAUGACGAUCAACUUAGUAAAAUAAGAGAUGAAUUAAGUACUAAGGUUUCAGAAGUGAAGAAAUUAGAAGCUGAGAUUAUUGCAUUUAAGGAUGAAUUAACAUCAUCAAAAACCGAAUCAUCAAAAUUAAAUAGCGAGAUUGAACAACUCAAAGAAAAACUCAAGGUGUACGAUUCAACAGUUUUGAAAAAUAAAAAAUUGGAGGAGAAGGGUGUUGAGUUGACAGAAGAAAUAAAGAAAAGAGAAACAGCAUCUACUGUAGCCAACAAAGAGAUUGAGGGACUCAAAGAACAACUCAAGUCACACCAAGAGAAAGAUCAACAAAUAAAAGAGCAACUUCUUAGUCUUGGCACAAUGGAAUCUGAUAAGAAAAAGUUGGAGAAAAAUUUGGAAGAAGCGAAAGCUAAAUUUGAAGCUAUUGAAUCUACUUUAGAAUCUACUAAAAUAAAAUAUGAAGAACAAAUAAAGAAAUUGACAGAAGAAAUAAAACUGUAUAGGACAAAAGAAGAAGAAUUAGUAAUAAGGAACAAAAAGCUUCAAGACCAAAUCAAGUCACAAACUACCGAUGGCAACAAAACUGAAGAGCUUAAAAAUAAAAUUGAUAAUUUGAACAAAGAUUUGGAAUCCAGUAAAGCUACCACAACUGAGUUAAAAUCAGAGGUUGAAAAAUUAAACGAACAAAUUAAAUCAUACAGUUCAACAGAAUCAAAAAACAAGGAAUUUGAGGAAAAAAUUAACAAAUUAAGUACCGAAUUGAAAUCAAAAGAUAGUAAGUCAAAAGAAUAUUUGAAAGAAAUUGAGACUUUGAAAGAUCAAGUUAAAUUGAAGGUAUCAUUAGAUUCAAAAAACAAAGAAUUACAAUCAGAUCUCACAAAACUCAAAUCAGAAAUCAAAGAGAAAGAUCUCACAGUUGAAAAAUCAAAAAAAGAAUUAGAAAAUUUACAAACUGGCAAUAAAACGGAAGACUUAGCAAAUAAAAUUGAUAACUUAAGCAAAGAUUUGGAAACCAGUAAAGCUACCACAACUGAGUUAGAAUCAGAGGUUGAAAAAUUAAACGAACAAAUUAAAUCACACAGUUCAACAGAAGCAAAAAAUAAGGAAUUUGAGGAAAAAAUUAACAAUUUAAGUGCACAAUUGAAAUCAAAAGAUAGCAAGUCAGAAGAAUACUUGAAAGAAAUUGAAACUUUAAAAGAUCAACUUAAAUUAAAUGUAUCAUUAGAUUCCAAAAACAAAGAACUACAAUCCGAAAUUGCAGAACUUAAAUCAGAAAUUAAAGAGAAAGAUCUCACAGUUCAAAAAUCAAAAAAAGAAGUAGAAAAUUUACAAACUGAAUUAACCAGUGACAAGAAGAAUGAAAGUAGGAUUGCAGAUUUGGAAAAGAAAAUUAACAUUUUAGAGGAUCAGUUGAAAGAUUCUAAAACCUCUUUUGAUGAAUCUGAAAUACAAAUAAAGAGUCUUCAAGAAGUAAUCAAAACAAAAGAAUUAAAAGAAGAAACUAAUGAGGGUAAGAUUAAACAACUUGAAACAAAAUUUAAAGCAACAGUAAGUAAAUCUGAACAUAAUGAUUUACUUGAAAUUAUGCUAAAAUUAGAUGAUAAAAAAACAAAAUAUGAAAAGAAAUUAAAAGAAAUGGGUGUUUCAAUUGAUGAAUUUGAAAGUGAUAGUGAUGAAGAUGAUGAAGAUGAUGAAGAAGAUGAAGAUGAAGAUGAAUAA